UCGACAAAACUCCAGAGCUUUGUAUUUCCGGAUCGAUAAAUGCAUUUAUUUAGUUAGCAAUGGGUAGUGCCAUAAUGAAAACCAAACUAACUGUCGUGUUAUGGCUUGUGCUUCUGAUAUCCGUGAAUGAAGUUCGAUGCGAGGCUUUUAGUCGAAUUCGUGAGCCUUGGAAAACUCUUAUCGAAGAAGGUCUUCGAUUUCCCAGUUUCCUCAAGACCAAGUUUCUGACCCCUGAGGAGCAAGAGAGCCUUCAGUUGGCACCCAAUGAAGAAGCAUUGGUUGUCAAAUUGAUAUUGAAGGAGCAAAACUUUACGGGAGACAUGAGGAGCCGCGCAUCAAAGGCCUAUAAAUCUUUACAGCUUGAGCUCAAGCAUGGACUCAAAUCCGUUUUGGGAGAGGAAUUUCCUGAGUCUGACGUCUUCAAAGGGAAGUGGAAGCUUCAGGAUAUUCAGAGUUUGGGCCAUUUGACCCGAGUCCUCCUUUCCCUUAAUGGAUCUGAUGCUUCGGAUAAUGAGAAGGCCAGGAAGAAUAUCCUGCGGGCAAUAAGUCAAGGCCAAUUUGGGCAUCUUCCAAUAUGGAAUGGAACUGCUGAAGUUUAUCAACAGUUGGUUGAGAAAAAUACGGUUUUCGACGUUACUGUCCAACUCUACGAUCAACCUUUUGUGGCGGGCAUGGAUUUGAGGGAGUCGCAAACGUUUCUAAAUAUGUCGGAUCAAAUGCAUCAAAUGCUGGGAACACGGUUCAAAAAUGUUUUUGGAGAACACUUCUUUCGGAUGACCAUAGUCGGAUUCUAUCCGAGCUUGCAAUCUACUGUUAUCCGUGCCUACGUCUUACUAGAUCCGGAUCCGGAGAACAUCUACUAUGCAUCGAUUGCUUGGUAUGAUAUCAAAGGCUACGUUUACCUCGGGAAGUUUCCUCUUCUCCCUCAGAACAUCAAAAUUGCAGAAUCUCGCCUGGUGUUGAAGGAAUUCUACCACUUUUUGAACGAUCGAAGUUACCGAAGACCAUUUGAAGGAGAAACCAGAGUCCAUCCGCUCCUCACCGUGACAUUCCCGUCCUUAAUUGGCCUGGCGGUGCUGCUAGUCGUUUUCUUCGGGAUUUUCCGGGCGUGUCAUUACGUUGCUUAUGAAAGAAACCAGAAAAAAGAGCCAAUCCCGGAGUGAGCAAGAUGUCCGCAUUAUUCAACGGAAGAACAUCAAUUAAUAAUCUCGCAACCUAGAUUAUCAUCUUUUGAGUAAAUGUUCAUUGACAAUUUUUCUCGCCG